AUGGAACCCUCCGCGUCUCCGGCACCGCCGAAGCACCGCAUCCCGGGCCUGCCGAAUCCAGUCGUUGCGUCUGAGCAGAUAAAAUGGAUAUUCUCAGAUGACGAGCUUGAACGCACCCCGUCGCGUAUCGAUAAGAUCGAGCGAGAGAAGGAGGACUACAUACGUCACCGCGCUGUCGAGUUCAUCUGGCAAGUGAGCAUGAUGCUCAAGAUGCCUCCACAGACUUCAAUGACAGCCACUGUGUUUAUGCACCGCUUCCUCAUGCGAUACUCCUUAAGGGGACAAUACCCAGAGCUGGCAGCCGAUCUCAUGCACCCAAAGGUGAUCGCAGCUGUCGCCCUGUUCGUUGCGUUCAAGGUGGACGAGACGAUGCGUCGUAUGAAGGAUUUUGUUGUGGCAUGCUGCCGUGUGGCCAUGAAACAACCUGACCUCGUCGUCGACGAGCAGUCCAAGGACUAUUGGAAGUGGCGUGAUUUGAUCCUCCAAAAUGAAAGCGUCAUGCUCGAGUUUCUCUGCUUUGACUUGCAGCUGGAGUCACCUUACCGCAUUCUUUGGGACUAUUGGCUUUUCCUCGGCAUUGGAGACAACAGACCUCUCCGAAAUGCAGCUCAUGCUUUUCUCAAUGACUCGACAUACACUGUCCUUUGCCUUCAGUUUCAACCGCGGGUCAUAGCCGCGGCAGCUCUUUAUGCUGGUGCCCGCCACUGCCAGGUCGCCUUCCCAGAUGACGCACAGGGUCGACCGUGGUGGGCACAACUCGAUGUUCAAGUGAAGGACCUUGUCCGCGCCUGUCGGAUGAUCGUCAAGAUCUACGAACGUGUCCAGCAAAACCUAAGCAAGGGCUACCCAGACUUUGCUUUCUCAGAGUCGGACCCGAGCGACCCCACUCGGCUCUUCAAUAACAACCCUGUGGCUGAGCCUUCAAGCACCCCCUCCCUUACAACGCCCGCCAGUGAUUCAUCUGCGCAGAAUGGACGUAAGCGCUCUCGUGAGCCAGAAUCCCAUGCCCCGGAAGUUGCAGAGCCAACAUCCACUUUAAAUGGAAAUCGAUCUCCGAAACGCCAACGCACUAUUUCACCGCAUCCUGCCACAGGUGCUGCAACAGCACCAUCUACAUCUCAACCGCGCAUCCCUCUCCGUGCUGUCGAGGCACUCAGAAAUGCUAGAUCUGGAGAAAAAUCUCUCCGCGAAAACCGCGACCAAAGUACACAGCCCUCGGGACCAAACACUACAAAAGAGGAAACCAGCGCUGAAGAAGGCGAGGUUUCGGACAAGGGUGCCGACUCGAGCACUGCAGCCCCUCCAGCCCCUGCUGACGAGCCACCCAGAAGAAGCGACAUUAAUGACGGGGAAGGAAGUGAAGAAGGCGAAAUCUAG